CGCCAGCAGCAUGUCUCGGAGGAAGAUUUCAUCCGAGUCCUUCAGCUCCCUGGGCUCCGACUACCUGGAGACCAGCCCUGAGGACGAGGGGGAGUGCCCCCUGUCCAGGCUCUGCUGGAACGGCAGCCGCAGCCCGCCCGGGCCGGCCGAGCCCAGCGCGGCCACCGCCGCUGCCGCCGCCGCCGCCGCCCCGGCCCCGGCUGCCUCUGCCGCGGCCGCCGCCGCCACGGCCGGGGCCAGGAGGGCACAGCGCCGGAGGCGGGUCAACCUAGACUCGCUGGGCGAGAGCAUCAGCCGCCUGACGGCGCCCUCGCCUCAAAUAAUCCAGCAAACUCUGAAGAGGACCUUGAAGUAUUAUGAACAUCAAGUGAUUGGUUAUAGGGAUGCAGAAAAGAAUUUCCACAAUAUCUCUAACAGAUGCUCCUAUGCAGACCAUGCCAACAAAGAGGAAAUUGAAGACGUCUCAGGAAUUCUACAGUGUACUGCUAAUAUACUCGGUUUGAAAUUUGAGGACAUUCAAGAAAGAUUUGGUGAGGAGUUCUUUAAUAUAUGCUUUGAUGAGAAUGAAAGAGUCCUUCGAGCUGUAGGUGGCACAUUACAGGACUUUUUUAAUGGCUUCGAUGCUUUAUUGGAACACAUUAGAACUUCUUUUGGAAAACAGGCCACUCUGGAGUCACCAUCUUUCCUAUGCAAAGAGCUCCCUGAAGGUACUCUCAUGCUCCACUGCUUCCACCCGCACCACGUCGUGGGCUUCGCAAUGCUGGGUAUGAUUAAGGCUGCAGGAAAGAAGAUCUACUGCCUGGACGUAGAGGUGGAACAGGUUGCAAAUGAGAAGCUGUGCUCCGAGGGUUCAAACCCAGGCAAUUGUAGCUGUCUUACGUUCCUUAUCAAAGAAUGUGAAAACGCUAAUGUCACAAAGAACCUUCCACGAGGAACCUCCCAGAUUCCUACAGACCUCAGAAUUAGCAUCAACACCUUCUGCAGAGCCUUCCCUUUCCACUUGAUGUUUGACCCCACCAUGUCAGUCCUUCAGCUGGGUGAAGGCCUGAGGAAGCAGCUCCGAUGUGACACUCACAAAGUGCUCAAGUUCCAAGACUGCUUUGAGAUCGUCUCCCCAAAGGUGAAUGCCACCUUCGAGAGGGUCCUGCUGCGGCUGUCCACCCCCUUUGUGAUUAGGACCAAGCCUGAGGCUUCUGGCACUGAAAAUAAAGACAAGGUGAUGGAAGUCAAAGGACAAAUGAUCCAUGUCCCAGAGUCAAGCUCCAUUUUAUUUUUGGGAUCUCCAUGUGUGGACAAGUUGGAUGAACUCAUGGGCCGAGGACUACAUCUCUCUGACAUUCCUAUUCAUGAUGCCACCCGAGAUGUCAUUUUGGUUGGUGAGCAGGCAAAGGCUCAAGAUGGCUUGAAGAAGAGGAUGGACAAAUUAAAGGCAACUCUAGAAAGAACUCACCAGGCCCUGGAAGAGGAGAAAAAGAAAACAGUGGAUCUUCUUUAUUCUAUUUUUCCUGGAGAUGUAGCCCAGCAGUUGUGGCAAGGGCAGCAAGUGCAGGCCAGAAAGUUUGAUGACGUCACCAUGCUCUUCUCUGAUAUUGUUGGCUUCACGGCCAUAUGUGCCCAAUGUACACCCAUGCAAGUGAUCAGCAUGCUGAAUGAACUGUACACCAGAUUUGACCACCAGUGUGGAUUUUUGGAUAUUUAUAAGGUGGAAACAAUAGGCGACGCCUACUGUGUUGCAGCAGGACUUCACAGGAAAAGCCUCUGCCAUGCCAAACCCAUUGCUCUGAUGGCCUUGAAAAUGAUGGAGCUUUCAGAAGAGGUGCUGACACCUGACGGGAGACCAAUUCAGAUGAGGAUAGGCAUUCACUCCGGCUCUGUGCUGGCUGGAGUUGUUGGAGUGAGAAUGCCAAGAUAUUGCCUGUUUGGAAAUAACGUCACUCUGGCGAGCAAAUUUGAGUCGGGAAGUCACCCUCGGCGCAUCAACGUGAGCCCAACCACUUACCAAUUAUUAAAACGAGAAGAAGGUUUCACGUUUAUUCCACGGUCCCGUGAAGAGCUUCCAGACAAUUUCCCAAAGGAAAUCCCUGGGAUCUGCUACUUCCUGGAGGUAAGGACUGGUCCAAAGCCGCCAAAGCCUUCUCUGUCUUCAUCAAGGAUAAGAAAGGUUUCCUACAACAUCGGCACCAUGUUCCUCCGGGAGACAAGUCUCUGAGGCCUGCUGCACAUCAAAGACUCCUCCCAAAAGCACAAGCCCAGAAGUUGGGUCAGAACAAGAGCAUAGAAGAGAUUGUUUCUCUGUCAUUGCUUUGUUGAGAGCAAAUAGUGAAAUUUCUGUGUUGGGUCAGGCAAUAAUUCUAGAAAAAGGGGAUGAUUUCUGUCAAUAAAAGGCUCAAGCGCAGGGGAAAUAAGAUGUAUCCAUUCAUCUAAGUGAUUUGGUCAAACACACACACACACACACACACAUUUUAAUUAUAAAUAUGGGCCCCCUUUCAAAACCAACCAGUAAAUAGAUUGCUUGUUUUCUUGUUUUCCACACAUACAGGUAUCUCUCCCUAUAUAUUUGUACCACUUUUGAGAGCCAAUUUUGAUUACAUAUUCCUACAUUUAGUGAGUCAGUAAGUGAGGAAUAUUUUCUAACUUUCUUUUUCUGAACUGACAUUUCAUACAUAUAUCAUGGCAGUGUGGUAACAUUCCCAGCAGGAAUAAUUGUAUGAAAGCAAAAUAUUUUAGGGAUAUUACCUAUUUUUAUACAUAUCUCUUCUAGGUAAUUACAUUUCACACAACAUUAUUAGAUUUUUUUCAGAACUUGCAAAUGUAUUAUUGGUCUAUUAUGUAACACUAUCUAUUAAUCUAAUGUAGUUUCACUUAUUUACAAAGACUAGUACUUAGGCUGAGAGUACAUAUAACUGGGGAUUUCAGAUGCUGGGGAAACUUUCUCCUUACUGUAUCUUUUAAAUUUAAUUAAUGUAGCAUGGAAAUCAGGGGAAAUGGAAUUUAAUAUUGACAAAUCUGUAACCAAAAUUAUAGAAAAGUCUCUUUGCCAUCUUGUGACAAAUACUACUGAAAAUGAAAUGUGUUGCUAGAUGAGAGAUAUCCUUUCCAACUAAGCAUUUGGAAAUACAGGUAGCUUUUGCACCACUUAACUGCAUUCUAAUGACAGUCUGCUACUAAAUCAUGUGUUAAUAACCCCUGCCCUGUCCCCAGUUGGUGCCCUCUAAGGCCUGACUCCCACUCUUAGAACAAAUCCCUGGAUUACAGGCAUUAGUGAUAAGGUGUCUGGACAUUUUGCCAAGCAUGCAGUUCUCCUUGCAUAACACAAGAAAAGGAAAGCCCUGUUUUGGGACUAAAAACAAAUCUGCAGUUUAAUGAUGUGACCUUUAAAUUCAGUGAACCAUGUUUAUGAACACUAAACUGGGUCUAACUCAGAACUAGUAGUCUCUGUAGUUAUAGGUAGGUUGCCAUCACAUGUUCUGCUAAAAGACCUGCUCCCAUUAAUCAACACUGCAUGAAAAUAUUAUAGGCUCCCACUGAAAUUAGGAGAAUGGUAUAUCCAGAGUUUUCCUAUUUCUGAUCAGACAUAAAAUCUACAUUUCUAUUAAUGUUAAUGAGCUGGAAGAAUCCGUUUCCUUAAAACUUUGGAGUGGACAUUUUCUUAAUCCAGUAGUUAUAGUCAUUGGUAGCAAAUGUCUACUGAAUGUAAUAUAUUUUUUUUUCCUUUCAUGGUUGUUAGCUGCAUCAAGAUUUGGGUAGGGUGUAACUCAGCUAAGAAGUAUGUAACAAAUUCCCAUUGCAGUCUGUGAGGUCACUUAAUGUUUUUUACAUUCUCUAAGUGUAUGGCUAGAAAAUAUUUAUCAGCGUGCACAGUAUUUGUUAUAAUCCUGACCCUGUUUAUAAUGUGAGCUCUAUUCUCAUCCUGGUCUAUAAAGUUACUAGUGGGUUGGUGGGACAUGGGCCCUGAGCUCUCUAUACCCUGUUUGCUAUCCUCUUCCCUACUCCUAGGUCUGUUUUUAGAUUCAUGGGGGAGAGGAGGCUUGAUGGAAGACCCUGUGGGCUGAGGACAGGAUAUUAUCAUGGAAAUAAUUACUCACAAAGAAAUCUCUGCAGGGGACUGAGAGAUUAACACAUUUGUUUCAUGGAGGGCAGUGGGUGGUAUGCAGAAAGUGUAGAUGGAACAGUCUGGGAGCACCUCUUUGUUCAUGCUGAUGUUAGAAAAUAUCUUAGCUAAAACACUGAUGGGCUCAUGACAGCACAGGAACAUGGGCAAUAACCCAGCUCACUGAAGUCAUUUAUGCUUAUUCUGUGCAGCAAUUUAGAGUUUAUAAUGUAUUAAAUAAAUACAUGUGUUUGUGAUAAUGUGUCUUGUAACAAAAGCCUGAAAGGGACUUUCAGAAACCAUCCAAUCUAUUUCUGCCUUUUGUAAAGGUUUGUCUAAGCAGCUAUUCUAAACACAUGGUUAUCCUUGCUGUACUUAAGAAUAUCUGUGGGAAGCAGCUGUAUUUUAAAAACAUUAUUGGAAAUCCACUCCAUUAUCUGACAAUUGGUGAGAGGGAUUGAGAGAAGUAUUACAUGUAUACUCCCAAUUUGUCAGAACAAUCACUGUGUAUUAGUUUAUAUGAUUUUCUUAGAAAAGAGGUAGCCAUUUAAGUGUCACAAAUGUCACACUGAAAUAUACCAGAGAUCUAUUAUAUAUCAGACAGGAUGUAAACCACAAUUUUCUUACCAUGUAAUCUAAAUGUGUUUUUGAAGCUAUACAAUGUAGCAAUGUUCUAAUUUGCUAUCAUUUUAUCAAUCUAUUCCAGUCAACUAUUACAGUUACUAUUGCCAUAUUUGUUUGCAAGGUACUAUAAACAAUUUGUUCAUUUUAGCUGCAGUUAUGUCACAUAACUCAGUCUACAUAUUGUACCUUUGGAAUUAUAACUAUAAAAAUAUGGUGGCAUUUGCCAUUUCAUUUGACUGACAUCUAUAUACUAUCCUCACUUACUUACAAUGCAUAAACAAUAUGCAUUUUAAUGUGACAGUAGAAGGAAUUUAAACAGUGUUCUCCUAGAAACCAAGUGAUAUUAACCUGCGUUAAUAGCUUUAAUCCACUCAAAAAGGAAUACUUUAACAUAUAACAUUUAUAAUACCCGUGUUUCAGUGUCCUUUCAAAAAGCUAAUUUGUCAAAGGCACUAUAUAACAAGAAGUCAUCCAUACCAAAGCACUGGAUCAUUUUGAUGGACAGAAUGCCACCAUUUGCAAGUCUAUCGUUAUCUAACAACAUCAGCAUCCCAAAAUAUUUAUUCAAAACUUGCUGUACAGUAACUCCUUUGUGAACCUUAACCAAUAUUUAACAUUGGCCCGAAUAAGAGUAAUAUGCCUCAGAAGAACAUUUAGUUAGGUAUCUAUGCUGUGCAGCAUGGGGUAGAGAAGAUACAACAUCUAUGUAACAUGUAAUCCAACUGUUUAAAAUUGGCCUCUACAUUAAUCUCUUCUCGUAUUUUAAAUUGUUUUGCAAUUCCUUUAAAUACUCGAAGUGUGUGGAAUCCAGUGGGCUGUGACCUCUUGUGACUUGAAGACACUGAUUCUUGAGACUAGAGAAAGGCUCUGUGGAUUCAACACUUAAGAUAUUAACUCUCAUGUCUCACACUUCUUGUCCAGUGACAGUGACAUCAGGAAACUAUUUUAAUGUGAAAGUGUGAAAGUGUGUGCCUCUCCAGGAGAAACAAAGCAGAACAAGACAAAAGCAACCUAAAGAAAUUUUCAUUCUCAAGUGCUGCAAGGCUUUUAUAUUUGAAAAUUCCCCUGAGCUUCAGUAAUAAAGCAAAAAGUAAAUCGAUAGGUACAAAAGGAAAAACCACAGAGUAUUUGGAAAACUACCAAGCUCUGUGUUUUGAAGAGAAUCAUGUUGCCACCUACUGAAGUAGUGUAUCUAAAGUUGUGCGAUACCAAGAGGGAACUUAAGAUUAUGACCAUCACUGAAUGUAUUUAUUGCAGGCUUCUGGGUUCCUGACUUGCUGGGGCAGGAUUGCAGAGGCCUAGAGCAGAAAGUAAAGAACCUACACAAACAUUUUUCACACAACUGGACCUAUCUCAGCCUCUCUCACUUCACACUGUUUCUGGAGAAUGUACCAUCCCUUCAAGCCUGGCUCCGUUAACAAACACCAUUUUCUCUUCCAAACUUGGCAUGCCACAGCAUAGCUGUUGCUUGAUUCAGGCCUACAGACCCACUCAGUUCCAGGCUUGAGCAACAAUUUGGUUCUGAAAUGAACUUUUGUCAAGUACAUUGCUCGCAUCUGCAGCUUAGCCCUCUGCACCUCCUUCAAAAUAGAAUCUAACUCCAAUCACUCCAUGUAAUGAUUCUGCAUCUUCCUUUGGAAUUCAUUAUACAUGACCCUUAACAGGCUUUGGACUACACCAAAAGCCUUUCAGUCAGCAACACCAAGAAACUCAAGUCCAAGAACCAAGCCUCAUAUUAUAUCUUAGUUAUUUCUAUCUUUUAGUUGACAGACUUUAAGCUGCAGAAAUGAUAAUUUCAGGUUUCUAUAAGCAUAUUUUAUGAGAUGUAACCCAAAAAUCAUUAUGCUAGUGAGACUUAAUCAUUAAAAUAUAACAUAUUCCACUCUGAAUGAUGGCUUUAUGAUAUAUUUAGUUCACAGUCAGCUGGUUUUAUGUGUACAUAAAUUGUGUUAACACGAUUGAACAAAAAUUACUGUUAAAUGGGUACACCGACCCCAGCUAUGGACACAAUUUCAGGAUACCUGUGGUGGUGAAUGACGAGCAGACACUGAUGUUAGCUACAGACUAACAAAAUCUUGUCAGAGUAUAUUGAGAUAGUGUGCAAAAUUCCUUCCUCACACUUUAUUCAAGCAACUGAAACCUAAGUAUUAUUGUCCUGCCAUUUUUUUCUUUCCUCCCUUUGUUCCUUUUUCCUUCUUUCCUUUCAUUGAAAAAGAAAACAUAGUUAAUUAUUACAUUUAUUAUUGUACAGGAACAAUCACAGCUAGUCUCAUAUUGUGAAACUAUUUUACAAAGUAAUGAAUAUUCUUUGUGUGUGUGUGUUUAUUGAAUGUAUAUGUUACAUGAUUAAAGGAAGUCAAUUUUUUGGAAAGAUUUGGGAAUGUAGAGAAGUAAAGUUUGUGUCUGUUUCUAAUACAUUGUGACCAGAUCACAGUUUCGGUCAGGUACCUCAUUGCCAUCUCACCCUUAUUGAGAAAUGACCUAACUCAGUGGUUCAACAGAUCUACUUGGAAAUAUCCGGCUGACAUCAUAAGAAUUACCUAGUGAGUUUUAGAAAUACAAAUUACUAGGUUCUACUUCCAGAGAUUUAUAUUUAGUAGGUCUCAGGUAAGACCUAGCAAUCUGUAUUUUGGAAAUCACUCUAAAUAGUAUACAUCUAGAUUUAAAGAUCAUUGAAGAGUAUUUAUAUAAUCCCAUUCAUUCGAAGUACAAGUAGAUUGACAGAGCAGUGUGUUAUUCAUCUGUAGCUGUUUUGAAAAGUUAAAUACUCUAGGUUUCAUAUUUUUCCUCACAAGUUUUACUUUUAGCUUUGGUUUCAAAUUUAUAAUCUGCUUUGUGAGCACGAAUCUUCAAACUUAUUAGAGAUAGAAGACAACACUGACAAGCAUGAGGGAUGAAUAUUGCUCACUAUAGGGCUAUUAGGCAUACUUGAUAUGGUACAUUUUCUUAGUUACUGCCAAAGCUGGGCAGUAUAUCAUAACAUUUGCUGAUCCUCACCACCAAGGCAUAAGCUACGUACUUUAGGACAUAGAAAUAAAUGUGGAUUGACAACUCUACUUCUUCAUACUUUGAAUCUGAUGUUAUGAAAAGAUACCAACUUAAGUCUCACUAUGUACUUUUCACAUAUGAAUUGUACAUUCAUCUGAAAGUGAUGUCUUAGCAAUACCUUGUAAUAACCUUUCAAGCAAUAAUUUAAGCCAUGGUGAUGAUGCCAUAUAAAACUUGCACUUCUGUGCUCUUCAGAGAACCUUUGAAGAAAUAGAGACAUGCUUUGUCCUAAGCAAUAAUAUAGCUGACAUGGACUUUUUAAAGAUAUUUACUAUUCUAUAGCAAAAUGCUUAACAAAUGACGAUUCAGAUAUAAAACGUUUGGGCAAACACCAUGCUCAAUCUACCAUAGAAGUUAUUCAUUCGCAAACAUGCUAUAAAGUAAAUAAUAUACUCCCAUCAGAAUAUUUAUGGUAUAUAAUUUUAAAAUUAAUUAUAAUAUGAUUUUUAUUCCUCUUGAAAAGAUUUAUAUAUUAUAUGUAAUUGUGCCCAAAUCUUUGGAUCUUUGUAGUAUAAAAUAGUAAGGAGCAAGUUGCAGAUGGAGAAAUGAGUACAAGUAGAGCAUAGGUUAGAAGAGUUGAUUGAGAAAGUAGGUUUUACAAAAAUGUAGGGGAGUCCUAGGACAAACCAACAUAAAUUUCGUUCUGGUAAGGUAUGGAAAGAAAGAUUAAAGAUGAAAACAGUGCCACUGUUUAAUGACAGCUACAUUAAUGUUUACUAAGUAUAAUAGUAUUUUAGGUUCAAAAUAUAAUGGGUUGAAAGUCAUCUGUAGUACAAUUAAUAAAUGUCUAGAAACAGUCAUAUCAUAAUAUUAAAAAAAACUAGAUCUCAGUUUUCAAAAUAAUUCAUAUUUUAGUCUUUCUGCAGUAUAAUUUUAAUCAGAUGUGGGUCAAUUAUAAUUUUUUAAUUGUUACAUUUAUAGUUCCAUCAUUUAGAAUAACAUUAAAAUUACAGUUUAAUGCGACAGGUAAACUUAAGUUUCAGUCAACAAUGUCUGAUUGUCAGAUUAUUAGUUUAGAAUCCAAUCCUAUGCAUGUAGAUAAGAUUACAGCUCCUACUUCUGCCUACCCAGGUAAACUCUUCUCUGGUCCUGAACCUGAACAGAAUGGGAAUGGUGGAUUUGCCAAAAUUUUUCUCUUACCUAUAACAAAAAUUACCAUAGCAUCCUCGUAUCCAUAAUUUGGAAUCUUCCUCCAUCAAUAUCAAACAGAAUUGUUGAUUCACUGAGAAAAUUUUGAUAGUUAACUUUUUGUAUACCAUUGGAUGCUUAACCCCUUAUUAAGUAUACAGGGUUGAUAAGGGCAAUUCUUUAUUUGAAACUCUUAAAUAUACCAAAUUUCUCAGUUUAUCCAUCUAAUCUCUGAUCAGUGUUUAAUAUUGAAUAGUAUUUGAAAGCAGAAAAGAGAAGGAUAACUAAGUGUCAAGCCUAAGUAAUAGUUUGCAUUUGGUUCUUUUUAUAUAUAUUUUCAAAUUGAUGAAUCAGUUUAUAUUUAAUCUUCCUUUGAGGCUUUUUUUUUGUAUUUGGAGAUAAAGAAGGGAGUUUAUUAAAUAUUUUUACUAUGGUCUAUUCGAUGACAAACAUAAGUAGGACAGAAAAAUAAUUGGGAUGAUGUCAGAAAUGUACAAAAUUGCUUCUCAGUACCACACCUCACGUUGUCAAACAGUCCCUUGCAUUUUGCUGCCUGGAUGUCACAUCUCAGACAGAUAGGAGGACAGAGAGACAGAUGGAGAGAGUAGAGGGUGCAGGUGUAGGUAAGAUUGAGCAAAGAUUUAACUUUUCUUCAGGAAGGUAUAUAUACAUGUAUUCUCUAAAAAGAUAGGUAGCUUCCGUAGUAGUUUAAUGGUUUAAUGAAAACCAAAAGAUGUGUUUGAUUAUUGGCCAGUGUUAUUUUUAAAAAGGAGAGCGAGAGAGAGAGGAUUGACCUUAUUGAACUAUUUUCAGUUUUCUUAAGAGGUAGUGCCAACCUUUUGGCUGUGAAUCUCAGUGAAACUGGGAUUAGGAUCUCAGAGAUAUGAAUAGAAACUCUGAAGGUGGCAGAGAGAACCAGAUGUGGCUACAAAGAUUAAGGUAAAGGAAGGUGUCAGAACAUCUGGAUUGAAGGAACAAAAAAGGCCAGUUACCAGCUGUGCCAUGUCACAGAAAAGUCUGCUAAAAUUUCCACAAAAGGACAGACUAAGUGGGCAAGUGAUAUUAAAACAUUUUUCCUUUUAUAACAUGACUAAUAUUCGGUGAGAAAAAAUGCAGUUUUAAGCCUUCUUUUUGAUGUUUUUGUUCAGAGAUUAUAGAAAUUGUGUCUUUCUCAAGUUGGGAAGUUUAAUCACAAAGACUUGAAAUAUUGAUUUUGUAUCCUAAAAUCUAGAGAAAAAUCAUUUUGGGGAGCUAGCCUAUAUUGCAUAUUCUUUUUCACACUCCUCUCAAGUUGAGAUAUGACUGCUAGCAAAAUAAAUGCUCAACUGUAGAGCAGAAAGAAGCCUUUACAGACUGAGCCAAUCCUCUGCAGAUGUUCCACAAAGUGUGAGUGGGGAGAGCAUUACCUCACCACACUUGAUUGGGGUGAGAUCACGCUGUGCUCCCGGUGUUCUAAGGUCAAAAACAGUCAGGUAGUCUUUAAUCGUCAGAUUUUUCACUUACAGGUACCCAGUUAAUGCAGACUGAGUUGGUUUAAACUAGAAUUUUUUUUUUUUUCUGAAAGGCAGAAACAAAUCGGAACAUUUAUUUUCCCAAAAGAGUCAGGACAAGAUUUAUUUAUAUUUCAAACUGAGAAUAUUAGGGAUGUUUGAAAGUUUUCUAAACCUGUUAAAAGUCAGUGAGAAAGAAAUUUUUUUCUGGAUCCCUUAAGACUUGAUCUUGUGAUAACAGUUAUGAAUGACUUUUCGGUGAUUUUUUUUUCCUCCAUAUUUGCCAUUUGAUACAGAAGCAAAGAUAUCAUAAAUAAGACAAACUUCGAAAUGGUGGCAUUGAGUUGUGGUUUGCAUAUUUGGAAACAUUAUUUUACUUAAAAUGUUAAACUUUGAACAACUUAGGUGUUAACGGUAAGAGUCAAAUAAUACUGUAUGCAGACAUGCUCACUUUAUGGUACUGAGCACAGCACCUCAAACUCCUCAGAAUAAAAUCUAAGUCAAAGUCAAUUAAUGUUCAAAUCAUUUGAAUAUUAACAAUAAUUUAAUGAUAUAAGUAUUCCUGUAUCGUCUCUACCAAGAAACUGUGCACUACCAUUCCCAAUGAAACCUCAAUUCCUAAAACAAUUUUACUUAUACUUCCUCCCAGAGCAUUUUCUUAAACGUCACUGACUUUCAAGGUUAGGAAGUAAAUGUAGUUUCUUCUAAGACUGGAGUGAUCUGGACAAAUAUUUUGUAUAUUAGCACUUGAAACCCUUCUUUCUAUUCUUAGCAUUUAAAGUUACUUUUUUUAAACUCAUUUUUAAAAUUUUGCUUUAUAUAGUACAAUCUCUGUAAAGUGAAGCAAAUUACAGAAGUACCCAGUAGAUUUGUCUACAACAUGCAGACUUCCUCCUUAGUUUUAUAGGAGUAAAUGACCAUUUUGAAACCAAACCCUAACCUUGGUGUGGACUUUCAAAUUGCUAUUGAAGUCUUUGGGAAGUUUUCGUAAGAAUAAAUUAUCUGAUGACACAUCUGAUUAUAGUCAACAAGGUAUAAAUAAACCAGAGAGAUGUGUAAUUUUUUAAAGUAAUUUGGGGGUGGGGUUAGAAAAAUUCUUUAAUUUUUACUCUUGCGUAAAGAUAAUUAUUAGUGGAUGGCAGCUAUAAUUAUUAUUCCUAUAAUUUAAAUUUGCUUUAAGUAAUCACCAGACACUUGGAUAAUUCAUGCUUGUAUUUUUUAUGUAACUCAAUGACCUGGAAUAAUGGGUAACCAUUGCUUUUUCUUUUGAUUCUUAAAGACACUCUCUUAUUCUAAAAGAAUUCUCUUACUAAAAUGAAAUGCUUACCUGAUAAGAGUUGUCCCAUUUUUUUAACUUAAUAUGCUAAUCAAAGUGAAUAUUUAAAGACACAGAAAGAACUUCUCAAAUUGUAUUUGCCCAAGAGGAAAAUUUAUUUUCUACUGGAAAAAUUGAGCAUGUCUUCAAUCAAUAUUUGGUACAUGAUCUAAUUAAACCUUAAUAUAGCCUUUAUGCUAAUGAUGCAACCAUGUAAGAGUCCAAGUAUCAAGUAUAGCUAUAACUUGAAUAUUAGUAGAGUUUAGUAUCAAUUCUGAAUACCACUCCCGGUUAGUGUAAAAGGCAAGGGUUGCACAGGAAGUUAUAGUGUGCAGUAAACUACUCAGAUCUUUGAAAGCUCAUCAGCAUACUGGACUCCUGUUAUUUUUACUACCUACGCCCCCACCCCCGACUUUGUCUCUUUCUUCCUUUGUUCCCUCCUUUACUUACUUAUUUCCAAUACCUAUAAGGUCCAUGAUAAUAACAUAUUACCAUUUGGCUUUGGGCCUCUCUUCACUUUCACAUGAUUGAACACUGUGGACUUAUGAGUUAAGGGAAGGAAGGAAGGUGCACACUUAGAGAUUUGAGCACAAGCAACUAAGAGAACAGAGACCUUAGCUUCCAAAGGUUUGUCAAUCAAGACAAAUCUGGGACUAUAAAAUAUGUGUUCUUUGUCACCUAUUUUUGUUCUUCAGAAAUAUCAGGGUUAACCUCUUUGCAUAAUCUAUCUUUGGCUCCUGGGAAUGUGUUGAUUUAGAAAGUUCUUAUUUUCAAGUAGUCCAAUUUUUACUUGGAUAUGAGUAAAUAAAAAUUAAAAAAGCUUUUUCUAUUUGCAAGAAAAAUUGCUUUUUGAACAUUUCCCAAUAUGGUAAAUACACUAAGUAUGAGUUUAUUUUACUGGCUCUUUAUCUAGAGAUGAAUGAUACAUUGUCUUACUUCUUUGGUAUGCCUCUGAAAUGUGAGUUCUUUUUUGAGGGUCUGAACACUUUUGUCAUCCGUUUUAUAACUACUCUAUGGAAAAGCAAUACACAAUGUAUUUCAUAUUUCUUAGCUCCGUGCUUUGGAAGUGUUAGCCCAUAUUGUGAUAGUUGUCUUUAACUAUAAUUUUGAAUUCAUCAGAAUUAACAAAUCACCAUGCUCUUCAAAAACACACAGCUUGGGUCAUUGUGCUAUAGCAAAGGAUUGAUCCUGUACAAAUACCAAUCCAAAGACUCUUUCCAGACAAAAUUAAACCAUUUCUAGUAUAAUAUUUGACUCAUAAGUAAAAAUAUAUUAUUUGAGAGUAAUAAUGAAGGAUCUUCCUACCAACAUUUUAAUAAUUUGAGCAAAUCUUAAUAUUUAAAGGGAUUUAGUUUCUAAAUCUUUUUUUUCAUGGUAAUAUAUUACUAUUCAGACCACUUAAGUUUUUUUCUUAUAAAUUUGUAUUCAUUAUUAGGAAAUCAUUUGGAAAUAGUAUAGCUUUUAGCUCUCUAGGACAGUUUCAAUAGCCAAAUAUCUUUUAGAUUUGGGUUCCUGUUUCUUAUUUGAAUUUGUUAUGAACCUCAGGUGUCAAACUCCAGCAGAUCAGGUAGUCAAAUGAAAGAGUAUGAAAAACUUAGGGAAGAAAUUUUAUAUUAAUUUACUUUUAUUUAUUUGAGGUCAACUAAUCAAUUUUGAAAUUGUGGAAAAAUAGGCAGUUACCAUAUAAACUGGAAGCUAUGAAAAUAUUUUCUUCCUGUGAUUUUCACUGUUAAGAAAAAUUUGCCUUAACAUGGGAGUCAACAUUAAGAUAUGUUCAGAUAAAGAAAUAGGACUUCUAAUACCUUUGCCACUUUUAUUUCUGUGGAAAAUAUGUUUAAUAGGUGUUGUAAAGACAGAAGAAAUCUUGUUGAGGAAAACAGAUGAAAUUUAAACAGCCAUAAUCUCAAAAGCAUUUUCCCCACUAAUUAGUUGCGCCUUCCUGAAUUGCUAUCUUGUGGCCCCAGAUAAGUUCACAAGCUAACUCGUUGUCUCCUUUACAAAUUUGUAGCAAAAUUCAAUCCCACUAUGUGGAAAUUGAUUCACAUCGUCAUGGCAGAUUAUGACUGCGGUGAAAGUCAGGUUAGGAUCAAACAAAAAAUGGCCCAUGGAGAGAAAUACUUUGAUUUAUUUUAGAGUUGGUUGAAAGGCUUUUUCUCUAUUGGAAAAAAAAAAUUAUCCUGAGAGUUUUGCCUUUGAAAAUGUCAAGUUUUAUAAAAGCUGCCUGCAACUACAUUAUAACUUUGGUAAUCACAUGAUAAAACUGUCUCAUUAUGCUUUUAAAAUAUACAAAUUAAGUGCAUUCCAGGAAUAAUACAUAUCAUUCUUCAUUUCAAAAUUAACCUACCUGAAUUCUGACUCAACUGUGAGUAGCCAUUUUACAAAACCAAAGGGUCCCAUUUCCCGACCAAUGCUUUAGAUACCACACUUAGUCCUGCCCAUUUCAAUGCAUAAAAUAUACAGCCAAUGCAUUUCCACCAGACAUUCAGGCACUAUAUAUAAUAAAAAUAGGUUUCCCAACGCACUCAAUGAAAACAUGUAGUUAUAAUAUGAUAUGCAUUUAUUACCUUUAUCUGCAUGGAGUACUUUUUAACUAAACCAAAUAUAUGAAUAUUUUAACAUUCUGGCCAAUUUGUUUGCUGCAAUUUCAUGGGUCUAAAUUUUUGGUUUGGCUUGCUAUGUAAAUAAUAUUGUAUAUCUGCUAUUUUGCUAUCAGAUUAUACUUUGUGAAUCAUUUCUUUUAAAUAUCUAGUUACAACAAAGUUAAAUUACAAUGUCAUCAAACGAUACCAGGUAAAUAUACUAAUAUAUAUGUAGGGCAUGCAUAAAUUGCAUAUAUUUUUAAAUGUCAAGCUAUUUUUUUUUUAAAUAAAUGAAUGCAGCUCUUAAACCUGUACCAUUAAUUUUAAAAAGUUUUAUUUAGUGUUUCAUAUUAUAUUUUGGUUUUCUUUUAUUCAGUAGUACAUGUUUAGAAAAACUUUCUAAUUAAAAUAGUAAAAUAUGCCUCAUUUCAUUAGAAUCUUAACAGUAGCACAUGUAAAAAGUAUAUAAGCACUUACAGGAAUAUAAAUAUCCUCUAUCUUUUUCAUGUAACACCACUUUUUAUUCAUUUAUUUGUAAUUACUCUAAAUCAUGUACAAUGUAAAUAGCAUGUUUCAUGAUACAGCAGUCUUUGUAUUUACAGACUGCAGAACAAGAUGAAUUUGUAUAUGAAAAAUGAGUGAUGGGAACUUGGGAGUCAUGUGAAGCAAAGUGGAAAUACCAAUUGUGUGUUAUAUUUACAUAAAUCACUGCACAGCUGUCUAAGUCGCUCAUUUAUUUGCCUUGGAAAGUCCAAACUGUCACAUAAAAUAUUUAAAUUAAUAAAUGAUAUCAAAACAGA